UUAAGAUAAAAUUACCCAGAUAAUGUAGUCUUGAUACAAUCAUGCAAAAAUACUAGUUCAUCUAACUAUCUUCAUAAUAAUAGAUCGGUAUCUGAAAGUCUUACAAACUCUUUUCUUUAUGAGAGCUUUUGUGCUAGGCUCAUGGAUUGUUGUUGCACUGAGAAACAACACCCUGUUCAGAAUGCAAUCCUGGAGGCUGGAGUUACCAAGACAAUGUUGCAGUCCCCAUGCAAAAGAAAAUAGGCUGCAAUCCGCCAUUUGGGCUGGACCAAGAACUUCAGUUCGAAAGGCCCUAAGCCCCAUGGGCCUCAUUGUUAGCUUGUAAAACUCACAUGAAAGCUAGUAACGAUGGGUCAGCACAAGACCUUCACCAACCUGAAGUGUUUCCCAGCGACGAGAAGCACGGCAAGUUCGGCGAGAUGAUGGUGGGGAUGCUGCCGGAAGACCUUCCUUUCACGGUGUUCAUGCCUUCAGCAAGGGCAUUCGAGCGUGACAUCAGGCUACAAGCUGCAGAUGGUGAUACCAACUCGACAAGGAAUGAUUCGUACGCUGUGGUUUGUCGAAUUCUGGGGUUCUCGGCAGUACCUCGAGCUCUACAUUCGACAAUACUUGCUCCUGGAGAGGAGGUUUAAGUACAAUUCAUUGUCCGGAUUGACACUGUUUGUGUCCAAGGAUUCGGAUGGAGCACUGGUCGUGAACUGGAUUCCAGCUCAGAGAGUGGAUAUCAGGAGGAAGGAGAAUAGGAGAUCGUUGUUCAUGUGAUGGAUGGAGUUAUCAUGGAUGCUGAAUUCGAGCAGUCGGUUCAGCCUGAUUCGGAUAGCACUACUGAUUGAUGAUUGAAUGUAAACUAAUCUAAUGUACUACCAUGUAGUAGGAAGAGGUUAAGAGUCCGUUU